AGAUUUCAGUGAGAGAAACUUAACCAACAAAUCAAAAGAAAUGCUGAUGAGCCAAUCGUCGAAUAAGCACAGGUGUUGUAUCAAGAACCAAUCUUGUCCUAUUUGUCUGCGCAACCUUCUUCUUCUCAUAAAGUACUGCAGUCCAUCGACUGGUGUAUUUUCGUACUAUAUUUGGCAGGUCUUGCUCAUUAAUACAUGAAGUGUUCGUCACAGAUUACAUGUAUUAGAUAUCAAAAUGUAGAGGAAUAUUUUUUGUUGAUGGUGUAAAUGAAAUAUCAUAAUUAAUUUGCCUUUGAAGAAAAAAUGUGGGAAUCCCGGUUUCCUUUUUUCUGGGACGCUCUGUAUAGGCCUAUUUGUCAUAAUUAUAUCAUAACAAACAACCCCACACGUGAUAUUCAUUAUAAUUGUUCAAUAUACACCCGAUGAGUCGUGAUCAUUGAACUGUACUCUGCAGACCUCCCAAAUGAAUAGCAUUCAAACUUAUUGUAUCAAUAUACGAAUUCGGGGUUAUUGUGCAUCCAGCGACCACAACAGUUACAGAUCAAACUGGAUUCUAAACUGACUGAAAAUGGCGUUAUUGGUCCCACAUGUGUUGUUUUCGUGUAUGGUCUUGAUAUUGAGUUUGUCGGCGUCUGUUGACGGGGUUGAUUAUUUCAGGAGACGUCCCCCAUGCCACUGUUCUGAUGCGACAUUGUGUGAUCCAAUCAAAACUACUCCGAAGAAAGAGAUUCACGUAUUUUCUGUCGAUGGCCCGAACUGGAAAGACUACUUCUGGGACAAUAUCACAACAGUAGCUGUCCAAGAAGGCUUCGACCCUGAGUUGUUAUGCCACGCCCAUUCCAAAGGUGUUCGGGUCACCGUAUGGGGAUACUUUUCCGUGCAAACCCUUUUCAACGAGAGCGCCCGCAAUCGGUGGGUCGAGGAUACCGUGAACUACGCAGUGAAUAAUUUCAUCGAUGGGUACAAUAUCGACUUUGAAUUCCCUUUGCUGACGUCACAGGCACCAACUCUGACCGCAAUGAUCAAACAGACAAAAGAUGCCUUCAAGAAAGCCCUGCCAUACUCAGUAGUUACGCUAGAUUCGUCCUACUCCUCGAACUGCACCUUGUUUGGACGGUGCUACGACUACCUCGCCAUCAGCAAGAUCGUUGACUACAUCGUAAUCAUGGCGUAUGAUGAGCUGGACCUCAUUGGACUGAAAGGCAUGGCCAAUGCACCGCUGAAUAGAACAAGACAAGGUAUUGAUGACUUCCUGAAAGCCGGUGUUUCCCCUAGUAAGCUCGUUGUUGCCGUGCCCUGGUACGGAUACGACUUUACUUGUGCAGUUUUAAAUGAGGACGAUAUUUGUUACUACAAGUUGGGCGGUUGGAGAGAGCUGCAAUACCGUAAUAUUAUGAAACUCCUGGCAAAUAAUUCUACUACCGGUCGGAAGUGGAGCAAGGAAUACGAGUCGCCGUAUUUUGAUUAUAAGGAUAUGGGUUCUGGCGAGACCCACCAGUUAUGGUACGAUGACCCGACUAGUCUCGCUCUACGGUACCAAUUGGCAGCUGAAAAGCAGCUCUAUGGCGUGUCUGUGUACCAUGCGGAUAAUCUGGAUUACAGCACCAACAAAACGGCUGUCAAUGAGACUAAUGCAAUGUGGGAUGCUUUUGUGAGAGAAUAUUAAGUCAUUUCAAAGUCGACCGGCAAGCUGAACCGAAACUGUUAAUUAAACAUUCAAAUUAUGUUCCAAUAUCUGCAAGAACCGCCCAAACACAAAGAUAAAAACUUUGAAGGCAUAUUGAUUACUUUUCGAUAUUCAAACGAAAACACAGAACUAUGGCAAAUAUUGUCUCUUUUUUUCCAAGACUCGAACUCAGUUGUUAUAUAGAGCACGAUAGUGUUACGUGAUAUAAACAUUGCUAAUGGGCGUCGUAGCAUUCAUCGCCUUCCGGUGAACAAUGGUACAAUUUUAAACAAGGAUAUCUUAACGCAUAUCCGUGACAUGAGUUAUAAACCGAAUUAUCCGCGGACCCGGGACCGAGUUGGCUCACGGCUUCUGGAUCGUGACACGUGUGUGGUGUAAAUCUUUGUGUGCACUUGACCCUUUGGAGUACUUUUAAGUGCUUCCGGUGGUCUCAAAAGAGCGCGUUGUUCCUCUUUCCAUUUAUUUUUAAAUCUCGAUGGCUAAAUCAUCCGACAGUGUCUUUAAAGAAAAAAAAUGUUUUAUUAAAAGCUCCUGAGAGCAUUUCAUGAAACGUGAUUUUCACUGAUUAUUUGUUAUAAACUACUGAAAUACCUAUAUCUGAUUGGCUAAGAGGACACCUCUUGUUAUCGUGACUGUUUGGUAAUGCUUCUGCAAUUAUUCUUGUCUCGAGAUAGAAGAUCUACCAUGUUUGCAAAGUGCAAUCUAUAUAUAGAUGAAUAUUUUGUAUUAGGUUGAUUUAUAUAUACUAAAUCAGCGAAUCUUUUCAAUAAAAUUAAACCAUUAUAAAC